AUUCUGGAUGAAGGAGGCGGGGACAUGCUAUUCGGAAUGAACCAAUAAACACACUACUAUAUCACCUGAUCAUAAGCGUAGUGGUAACGGAAAAGGUUCAUUGCCAUUUCUAGUAGGGGGUAUAUCCAGAUUUAGGGCUUGCGUCUAACGCAACAUUAGUACAAUUUUUUCUUAAAGCUGAAUUUAUUAGCUGUCUUGUAUAACAGCCAUAACGAUAAUAAUUCGUUGUUCGUAAAUAAAUACUGUUUUUGACUAAUAAUUAGACGACUUUUUAUCACGUUUGUUCGGUUUUGUAGCUUAUUUCCGGGUACAACCAAUCAUACAAAGCGUCAUGAAUUGAAAAAAUAGGGUCUUGGCUUACCAUGAUUCUACGAGUCAAUAUGUUUGUAAGUUGUAGGCUUUUAUCAUGUGUUCAGAAGAAAUGGCAAACGCUGAUAUAAUAAAGAGAAAAUCGUACACAGGUUUGGGCGUGGAUGUCCUAGAAAAGCCAACGAGGGCAUCGUAUCCGUAUGCAGGUCAGACGAAGCGAGAAGACAACUCUGCAACUGGAAGUGAAUUUACUUAUACUUCAGAAGGUGUGCAUUCUGAGUGUGGCUUACCAAAACCGUCGCUGCUUUCCAACAUAGCUCAUGGGUUUCAACUUUCCGAAAAAAAAAACAUGCAGCAAUAUCAGAUGAAUCGAAAUCGUCACGGUACUGGCAAUGAUAGUUUUUCCUUUUCUAAGCAGUCUGUUCUGAGUGCAAUGGAUCGCUUUGUGAAAUCCGUAAAGAAUAUGGAUGCGACAGUUCUUGUACCCUCACGUCUUAAGGACAUGGAUAUUAACAGUGAAAGUACUGAGAAGCACCCACUUCCUAUUGAUCUACUCUUUAAAACUGAUUUGUUUAGUUUCUACUCAAUGUUACAUGAUGUCAAAAACGAAUUAUUGUGGGGACCGUCUUCGACUCGUGUAUCAGAUACAUCAACCCGAAUGAUACAGAUACGCUCUUCGUCUGCACUAGGCCUACAAAAACCCUUACAAUUCGAAGAGAAUAACAUCGCACUCGGAAGCACAGGUUCUACGUCCGAUACGGACAGCCUAGCAGAUAGUGAAAUGGAUAGUAUAGGCCUGUUAUCUCACGACCAGAAUGUGGGGACGGUAGGAGCCCAGACUGCUCGUUUAGCAAAUUCUUUCCGUUAUCACCUACAAGGAUUACAAACUAUUUUGAACCAGCUAUCUGACUCUGCUGACUAUUUGUCAUCACGAUAUCAAGAAGAAGUUGGAUCAGAUGCUUCUGUAUAAUACUCUUUAUGUAAAGGGUAGUAUUUCACCGUUAUUCACUUAUUGUUAAUAUUCUUGUAUUGUGGUAAACUUAGAAUAUCACUUAAAUUAAAAGUCAGACGAUGGAUAAUUUUGUUGCUGAAUGUUUUACUCAAGUGUCAGUUUCAGAUGUACUUUUAAUUUAAACUAAAGAUUAUUCAUUCAGUAAACGUAGAAUAUGAGUUAGUCAAUAAAGAUGAAUUUUCAAGUGUUAGUAUAAAUUUUUAGAUGCGUUAAGGAUAAAACUUGAUCAAGGUGAUGAAUACUGACGAACGCGGUUUAUGUUUUAAUUUAAACUAAAGAUUAUUCAUUCAGUUAUUUGUGUCUUAUUAUCUCAAAAAGUUUAUUCACAAAUAAACGUGAAAAUAUGUUAUUCUGGGCCUGUAGUUAAUUAGGAUUAAAGGAAUAAAAUUAUAUGUUAAGUCAUGUGAGCAAGAUUAACGAAAUAAUUUAUUCAAUCAGGUCAGGAAAAUAUUGUUCAACUACAAGCUAUGUCAGCUGGGUUAAAAUAUAUGUAGUUAUAUGGCUUUAAAAAAAAAGAGAAAGAAAUUGAAUUUGGAAAAGUUGAUAAUUUCUUGACUUUCAUACGUUUCAGCCGUGAGAGAGAAACUUAUAGUUAUACUCAGUAGGCCUACUUGUUUUAUAGAAAUGUUGAACCUAGAAGCGAUGACAACUUAUAAGUUAUAACCAAAGAAGUAGACUUUUGUGCACAAAAGUGUAUAUGAAAUAGAGAAGAAAAACAAACGGAUAAUUGUUAUUGGUAUGUCCUAUCACCAGAGGCUGAGGAGAAUUCAAGAUAAUUAGAUAUUAAUAAUAGAAUGUUAAUAUCUAGAGAAGUAGUAUUGUCAUAUUUUUAAGUGUUUGUUUAAUUUCAUUGGUUAAGCUGUGCAGUUUAGAAGUUAUUCACUAUUGAUAAAGUCCUUAAACUAAAUUGCCCUCUUUUAUGUGUUUGGUGUUGAUCGUCUUGCCGUUAGACAUUUCAUCAAUCGCGAAUGUAGUUUUAUUUACUAAGGUCACAUAAUGAGCGUUAAAAAUGGUAUUCCACUUUAAAAAUAUUUUUAUCUUUUUUAGACAUGUUUUUUUUUCAGACAACUGUUUUAAUUUUGUAUUACGAACGGGGUUUUUACAGUACAUAAAAAGUAAAACUUUUAGUGAAUGUUAUGAUUUACUGAAUUUAGAAAGGAGAAAGUUGUAUCGUGUUGGAUAAGCAUUAGAAUAGAAGCUGCAUCAUUAAUGCUUUUGUCCCCCAGUGGCACAGUGGUAUGUGUGUGAACUUAUACCGCUAGAAACCGGGUCUCGAUAUCCGUGGUGGUCAAAGCACAGAUAGCCCUUUAUGUAGUUUUGUGCUUAAUAAGAAACAACAACAUUAAUGCUUUUACUUUUAGAAGUAUGUGUAUAACUGUUAUAUUUCUCGUGAUGCAUUUGAAACUAUUUUGAAUGCUAGUUUAAGCUGUAUAAAUAAAAAUGCACGGUAAGUUGUUUGAAGCCUCUCUCUCUCUUUAUAAAUAUAUAUAUAUAAGUUCAUUUGUACGUGAAAUAAGACAGAAAGUGAACAUCUAUCUGAGUGAUAUAUAUCUUUGGCGUCUAGAAAAAAUAGGAAUAGGUGCUUUCUGGUACUGUAUUUUUAAGCAUGACUUAUACAUUUGUCGGUUUACUAAACUGGAUUUAUGCUAAGGCAUACUAUUUGGUACAAGUGAAAACAUCUAACUAUAUGUAAUUCAUUGUGAGACUCGGGUUUCAUGUACAUCUUUAAAACAACUUGGCAUAUUUAAUAAGAAAACUCAUUCAUUCGUUGUUUUAUCAUCAACAUAUUAAUAGAGGUGUGUGUGUGUGUGUUAAGUUAAAAAAGUAAACUAAUAAUAAAUUACAGACAGCAAUGGCUGUAUUUAGGACUUCACUGGUUACAUUGACUGUAUUCCAUCAGUUUCAACAUAGCCUCCAUUAUUGUUGUUUGCCAUUCAAAAUUAUUAUCAGCUUCUGAUUUUCACUUUCUAUUUGAUUGUUGGUAUAAGUUACAAAUGUAGCAUUGGCCAUUUUGGAAGUAGCCCAGCCUUCUCAACUGUUAUCCUGGUUUUUAAAAAUUUAGCAUAGAAAAUGCUUUUGGUCCGUGACGUUCUUACAGUUGUAGCAUAUAUUUACCUUCAGAACAACACAGUAAACCACUUGUUCACAACGAGCCAGCGACAUGGAAUCUACAUAAAACAAUACUACUAUCAGUAAAACAGGUGUGUAAUGUCGCUAAUUUGGUGAAGUCUUUAUCUACAGUAAAUAUUUGUUGGUCCUGCUGUCCUGCAGAUUCUUUAAAAGUACCAACCAACAUAUUCACGUCUCUUUAGAUUCCUCUUUACAAAUGCUUAAGAAGUUAUUCUACCUAUACCACUUUCGUUAUGAAUUAUUAAUAAAAACAUUAAUUAAUCACAAACAUUAACUCUGUAAGUUGCACCCAUAAGAAAAUUAUCAUACAGUAUUUUCAUUAAUUGUUUAUGGAUCAGUAAAACGUGUAAGCCACUAUUUUCAUUCAUGCACAUUAAACACUUCACUUUCAAAGAGUUUCUGUAAUGCAUUAAUAAGGUGAUUAUGACCACGUGGCGAUUGCACACCUUUGUAACACACUUUCAUAUUCUGUGGGUCCUUUUAAAGUAAGAUGUUUACUUUUAUUUUGCACAAUAAGGUUUAAGAGGUUUGGAUUGUUUGCUUAAAAUGUGAUCAUAUCUGUAAACGUUUCCAUUCUGGUUUCCUAAUGCAUCUGUUUUGUGUGUACAUUUGACUCAAAUGUUCAUCAAGUACAUAUUUGUAUUCUAGUUCUUCAUUCAUAAUGACCAAGCAUUGACAUUUGUAAUCAUAAAAUAGUAUAAACCUGUAUGGAUAUUCUCCUACAAGAUACUUUAAAAAAGGAAAAGUUCAAAUAUGUAACAAAAAAGAAACACAUUCAGAACCACAAGGCCAUAAUAAGAAAGGUAGUGGUAGAAUAUUAUUCCUUUGGUGAUGGCCUUCUUUUUGCUUUGCGUAUUUCACUGCUAAGUUCUUGUAUUUCAGAAUUUUAAUUUUAAAACCUUUAAUUAAAUAUAUAUGAAUUUAUAUACAUAUCACAAAAACAUUGAAAUUUGAACAACUAAUAGCAAUAGAUAAUUGCUUUCUAAAUAAUAGACAAAACUUCAAAAAUACAUUUCACAAAUGAAACAAUAUAUCAAAUUUGAUAUAUGAUGAGGUGGGAUAUUUAUCCUUACAUUACCUUCCAAUUUGACUUUAGUAUCGGGUAUAUGGACUUAGAACCAACCAAAGUUGGCCAAAUCUCGAGAUUAUAUUAUUGGAUUUACAACCGAAAAUAUUGUUAACAGCAAGGAUACCCAACUGAUGAAACAUUUAAUAUUUAAAGUAAGAACGUGAUAAAAGUAUAUUUUAUUAGCUAUACUCAUCACAGAGUUGGAUAUUAGUCUUGAUGUAAGUAGGUACCUUUCUUUGGUCAGAAUUUAAUAUUAGUUACCCAGACAAACCAAGUUCCAUGCUUAAAAUAUAACUAAUGUUUAAAUACUUUCAAGGUUUUAUAAACCUUUCUACAAAGUAUAUAUCAUGUUUUUAUAGGCCUGUUUUCCAACACAAUAGCAUUUUUAUCAUUCUUAUUUCUUGAGGUUAGUGGCAAAUAUUACGAAAAUUAAUUAUUUCGUAAACAGCACAUCGUGGUUUUAGAGGCUGCAUGCAAGAACUUCCUCUAUUUAUGACUUAUACGAUUGGUUACCAAGUGUCUGCUGAUAAAUAGUAAAAUAACAGUUAUGUAUUAUUAUUUUCAGUGGUUAAGGUGAUGAUGAGCCCAGCUAUGAAAGUUGCUAGGGUCAGCUGUAAUAACAUGAAAGGAUUAAUUGUGAAUUUUUCUUUUCUUCACCAAAGAAAAGGAAGAAUCCAUGAAUGACGUAGAGGCCUAAUACCCUCUCUCUCUUUGUUGUUAAUCCAUCUACAGAAACCUAGUUUUGCCAAAUUCACGGCUUAUAGAUACUGCUUGGGAGAACAGACAAAAGAACUAUAAGUCUCUUAUAGCGAUGGAAUGCAAACACUGUGCGUUCUUUAUUUUCUUCCCUGAAGUUACACAGUUUAGCGACGAAAAGAAAAAAAAUCACUUAAUUUACCAGCUUAGUCCUUUGAACAAUUACAAAUAAUGGAUUAUUCAAGUACUUUAAGUAUUUUCGGUUAUCUAUUAGUGAUAAGUAAAGGACUUUAUAUCAAAUCCUACAAGUUUUAUAGGAUAAUUGAAAGUUUAUUGAAAAACUGCAAUGAGGAACAUAAAUAAGAUUAUAUACUCGGAAACUGAUAUUCACCGGGUAAAACUGUAAUUGUGCUCUCCCCCCCCCCCCCAAAAAAAAAGAACAAAAACACACACACUAUUAGGUGGAUCUAAGAGAAUGGGCGUGGUGAACAUUUUACCUUGUCAUGUAAAGUCAUCAUCCAAGGUCGUACAACACUUGGUUGUCAUCAAAACUGAUGGCGACUUUCUUCUCUAACAUACAGUAUAUAGUUAAUAAAAUGUUGUACUGGAUAGUUUACAUUUUAAAGUUUUCCAAAAGAAGUGACCUAGUAAGUUAGACACCGCUUUUCCUCCCCGCUCCAUAAUUCCACAGGAACCACUGAUUAUUCUAUAAUGUACUUUGUAAAUUCAAGUACUCCUUUCCCUCUUGGGUUAGGCUUGUCAUGAUACGAACAUAGUUUUCGCGUGUGAAAACUUAUCAACAGGUUUUUGUUUAUCUUUUAUUGUUUUUAUUUUGUUAUGAACCUCCUAGACUGAACAUAUAUACUUUUUCAAUUCCAGAGUGUGAAAGAGAUGGCGUCCCUUUAUAUUUCGUUAUCUGAAAACUAUAAAUAAAAGGGGGGGGGAACACUCAAAGAAGGUCUGUGAUUGGAUCAAAACCUGCAGGGACAGUAGUACCAGUAACUCGGUUUCUUUCCCGCGUUUGCUAGGGCUUUAGAUACUAUGUUUCAUCAAUUAUAUAUUAGAAGGAAUUUUCAAAUUUGGCGUGAGUUUUAGAAUAUGCCAACCUGGCUUUUAUUAAUGUUAAUACUAUUAUCUGCGUUAAAUAUAUGUUUACGUGAAACUAAGCAUCCCCCUAGCGGUAUUGAAAAUGCAUUGAUGACACAGUAGUUUUGAAUAUUCAGAUAUUAAGGCUUACUAAAUUGUGUAAUAUAGAUACUGUUAGUAUCAGCGGGUUUAAUAUGGACUAAAAUAAUAUAAUUUUUUUUAAGUGGCAGUGGUGUAGUAUUAGAUUGUAAAAAAAUGUGUCUGGACAGGAGAUUAGAGCAACGUCUCAAAACAUUAUUUUAAAUAAAUAGUUUUUAAGUGAAAUGUUUGGAAGGACCGUUUCUUUAUUCAUUGUUCUCGUCACAUUUCAUUGGUUUACGUAAAGUUAGUUAAUACUUUUUUUAUUUUAUCAGUAAUUAGAAUACAUUGGAAAUUUAAAAAUAUAUAUACGAGAGAGCGACCAAACUUGCGAUAAAAAGUGUCUGGACAUCACUGUCUAUCGAUUCAGAAAAUAUUACAAAUAAUAUUUCAUUUUAGAAACUUUGCCAGUUCGGGUGUUCAGAGCGAUUGAAAUUUAGAGAUAUUUAACAAAAUAAAUAAUUAUGGUAUUCGGUUGAAGAAAAAGAAGUGUGUUAACUCGGCGAAUUUUGUGUGUCGUCAACUAAUAUUUUAACAUAACGAUGAUAUUGAUCAGUAGGUCAGUUAUAUAAAGUGUUAAUGAGAUGAUUGAUAUAUAUACACUUCAUUCGUAACGACUACUCGUCUUGUUUGGUUUAGCGGUAGAGCUACACGUCCCUAAGUGGCACAGCGGUAUGACUCCGGACGUACAACGCUAGAAAGCGGGUUCAGAUACCCGUGGUGGGCAGAGUAUAGGUAGCCCAUUGUGUAUCUUUGUGCUUAAUUUCAAAUAAACGAACAAGAGCUACACAACUGGCUGUCUGCCCUGUGGGGGAAUCGAUCCCCGGUUGUAGCAUUAUAAGCUUAACUUAAGCUUGUCACUGGGAGAAUAUUCGUCAUUCAAAGCUUUAUGGUCAUAAAUGAAUUACUUAUUUUUUAAACUCGUUUUUAAGAAGACGAACGGUUCAUGUUAGAAUACCGCUCUAAUCAGCACUGAGACGAACUGAUUCUCAAUCAAAGCUAGCUAAAUUUAAUAUAUUUUUCAAAAGCUUUUAUUGAAGAUCAAAUUUAAAUAAAAAAAGAUUAUUAAAAAGUGAUAGUAUAUGAUUUUAAAAUAGUGUUUUUAUAUUAUCAACGCGGAAACAGCUGUUAAGAAAAACUGGGACGAAACAUCUAAAAAUAGACUAAACUUAUAACCUAUAAAAAUACGCAUGACGUAAAAAUAGCAAGCGUUCAAGUUGUAAUAAUGGUUAAUAGUGCAGACCAUAUUUAAAAAAAUGGCUCGAAUUAAAAGUUAGUAUCUUGAAUCUCCAGAUUUUUUUUGGGGGGGGGGCAUUUCUAUUUAUGGUACAACGUGCUUAGAUAGCUUGCAUAUAACUGCACGUGUUAUGAUGAGAACUCUAUGAUAAACAAGUUAUGUUGAAAUAAAUGUUCAUGCAAGUUGUCAAAAUAAAACUGAAUACUCAUUACUUGAAGUUUGUACGUACAUAACAAUUAUAGUAUGUAAUUCCCGUUUGAAUAACUAUUUUGUACUUUAUUAUAUAAGGUAAACGAACUGUCAUUGAAAUCCUUCAAUUUAAGUACAGUUUCGAACUAUCUAUAGGAGUAUGUAAGUAUGAACAAACAACCACAGCCUGCUGAAGCAUAUUUGGUUGCAUCAGCGUAUGAGAAAAUAUGUAGUAUUUCUUUGGCCAGGAAAUUAUUGUACAGUAUAGCGUUCGCGUGGUAUGAACGGUACGGCACGGUACUUGCCCAUUUAAAUUACACCGAGAAAAAGGAUCGUUGGCCGUUCGUUACGGUUGAAUAUUUUAUAGUUGUGCUAAUGAUAUUUGUUUUGCUGUUAACCUGCAAGAAGUAAAGGUGACACGUGCAAUUAUUGUUUAUUUCUGGUUCAAAAGAGGAUUCAUUCGAACCUUACAUUGGCAACGCUCGUAUAGGGGAAUAACUUUGGAAACAUAACUGUCUUCAAAAGCAGAACGAGAACUAUGGCUGAAAACGAGAUUUGGAUACGAAAUCAAAUCAUCGUGGUAAAUUGUGUUACGGCUUUCGACGUGUAGCUAGCUACAUUGUGGUUUAACACAGGUAAGAAUUGUCUUCAUAUGGAAAGUUCAUUGACAUAUAUUUAAAUCUAUAUAAUAAUAUAGUUACGUAGAGGUGUUUCAAGAAACAACGUAGAAAGUUGACGUAUGUUGUACCGAUACAGCAAUCGCAUUUUCACGAGAUACCUCUUGUAAGCCAAAGAAAUUGUACCUGCUGAACAAGUCUACUUCAUUUCUUUUUACCCUAAAAAAAUAUCAUUCUUAGCACUCAUGCAGUAACGGAGGCAAACAUGUAAAUAAGUUCUUAACUUGAAUAUGAACUAGUCUAUAUAUGACACGCAUUUUUGUGGAGGCAUGUGAAACAUUGGCUGAUAUAAUAAAUACUUUAACGGUCAAGAAAGAUGACCUUCUGGAAGGAAAUGUUGCGGAUAAAACGAGAAAAUUAAGAAUUUUAAAACUAAGAACAGAAAGUUGUCUUUUAUUGUACCCAAGGUUGUGUAUUUUUAUUCUAGGUUCAUUAAUUCGUAAUGACUUUUUCAGAUGAAUUGUCAUUUACCUUUAGCUAGUAGGGUGAUUUUUGGUGAAGUCACACAGGCCCAAAAUAUACAUAUAUUAUUAAACCAUAAUUGUUUAAAGAAAUACUUGAUUGUGCUACAAAUAUUCGUCUAAUGCGUGAAAAAAUAAAAUCUCAGUCGUAUUACAAA